AUGGAUUAUUUUAUUUCUAAUAAACUCAAAAAUAUAUGUGAGUCGAGGAAAAUCUAAAUAGUGGAAGCUAGUUGUGAUAUAUAAAAAAAUUUCUAUUUGGUUGAUUUAUUUUAAGCAUACAAAAGGCAAAGUAUUUUUAACCAUUAUUAUAAAAGAAAUGAAGCGUGAAUUAUUUUCAACCUAAUAAGUGUAAAUAUACUCAAUUUAAAUAGAUUGAAAACUCGAAUCAUUUCAAUCAUAUUGGAAGCUUCAUUUUGGAAACACUACCAAAUGAUGUUUUAAGUUAGGCAUUAAUAAGAAGGCUUCCUUAGGCUAUAAAAGUAGAUUUAAAUUGUUUUUAGUUGA